GUCGAAACCUGAAGCCCACGCUAAAUUGGAUUUAAAUCCCUUGUUUCCGCCAAGCAUGUGUAUUGUGCUCAAUAAGAGGAAACAUAUGCUCCAAACAUCGCUGUAUGGGACACAUUCAGAUUUGCACCGAAUUAAGAAUGUAUAAAACAACCAAAAGGAGCUUCCUGUCGCGUUUAGCGGAGCCAGUGGAGGCCGCACUUGCCUACAAGUCCUUCACCACUCGGUUUGACAUUCCAUAAUCCCAUGACAAAGGGCUGCAUGAGUAUCAAGUCACCCAGAUGAAGAAAGCGGGUUCACCGAGGCCAGAAGAGACCUCCUGUGACCCGGAGAGACAGACUGUCAGGUCAGGGGCUGAAGAAGCUGACCCGGGCGGAGAGGAGAGCAAAUCGAAGGAAAGCGACUGCUUCCAGGACAGAGAGGUCCGGGUAGAGCUGCAGGGCUCCGAGCUGUGGAAGAGGUUCUAUGAGAUCGGCACCGAGAUGAUCAUCACUAAAGCUGGCAGGAGAAUGUUUCCCUCACUGCGCGUCAAAGUGCGCAAUCUCGAGCCGUGCCAGCAGUAUUACAUCGCAAUGGAUGUCAUGCCCGUGGACUCUAAACGUUACAGGUACGUGUACCACAGCUCGCAGUGGAUGGUGGCUGGAAACACGGACCACUCUUGUAUCUCUCCCAGGCUCUACGUGCACCCGGACUCGCCAUGCGCAGGAGAGACGUGGAUGCGUCAGGUCAUCAGCUUUGACCGGGUCAAACUCACUAACAAUGAGAUGGACGACAAGGGACAUAUUAUUCUUCAGUCGAUGCAUAAAUACAAGCCACGUGUUCACAUCUUCUGUCAUGAUUCUCGGAUGGAUUUAUCUCAAAUCCGCUCGCUGCCUGUUGAAGGAGUGCACAGCUUUUCCUUCCCAGAAACCGAGUUCACCACAGUCACAGCCUAUCAGAAUCAGCAGAUCACAAAACUGAAGAUCGACAGGAACCCUUUUGCCAAGGGCUUCAGAGAUCCAGGAAGGAAUAGGGGUGUGUUAGAUGGCUUGUUGGAGUCAUAUCCAUGGAGAGGCCCUCUCAGCUUGGACUUGAAGCCAUUCACCAUACAUCUCCAAGGGGGCUCAGGGUCGCCGACCAGCAGCGUGAAGGGCCUCCUCCCUCUCUCCUCAUCUUCAGCCCUUCACCCAUUCUCCAUCUCUGCGCUCUCCUGCCAGGAUGCCACCCUCCACACCCUCGAUAUUCCCUUCUAUGGCAAGACUUCCACCACUUCACUCACCGCCUCUUCGCUGCCUGGCCGAGCCUUCUCCUCCCUGGGACCAGAUAGACUGCCACCGCUGUCUCCUCUAACAGACCUCCCGCUCCUCUCUGCGCUGCAGGGAAAGAAAGGUCCCCACUGCAGAGACCUAUGUCUUCAGGGGUCUCCGGGUAGCCCCCAUUGCCUCAUCCCUGUCCACAGCCCCCUCAGCCCUCAGGGGCCUUCUCUCUUGCCUCAUCUCUCUGACCAUGCAGGCCCCUACUGUCUUUACCGCUACAGCUUUCCCCUGAACCCCCAAUUCACAACUAUUUCCCGGCAUGCCAAAAUAAUGGAAGACACCACAGACAGUCUGCUGCGCCAGUCCUCGUGGCACCUAACCACCAACCACUGCCUCUGACAGCUGACCCGCACUUGCAGGCUCCAGCCCAUUGAGUAUAACAAGCCAAAGCAUAUUGCAAAAAAGAAAACUGAGUGCUGAUUCCCCUUGAACAAGACUCAAAGGAGCAAUAAAGACAGGGCUGUGGCUGAGGGGACACUUUUGUAUUCGAGAACCUUAUUGGAUUUACCAGCACAAAAACUGGUCCUGAAGCAGUCUGUGAACAGCUCCUUUUCACUCUGCACACUCAUCUAGAGCCACAACCUUGGAGUAAACAGAAAUGUCGAUGGGAUGUAGAUUUUUAUUUGGGACAGGAAACACUGUCUUUGUGCCUUAAUUACUUCACAGCCUGUGUUACCAAAAAAGCAUCAGCAAUAGGACCUGAGGUAUGUAAUAGAACAAUGAAUGA